CGUCAGGCCUCAACGGCCAGCAACCUGCUGCCCAGCUUCCCAAGCCCAAGGGUAUUAUUGCUCUAUACCUGUACGGAGUACCUAUCAAGUACGUCGCCUCGUGUCCAGCCAGUCCACAUCCCACCCAGCCUCUCGUCUUUCUUUACCCCCCCUCCCAUUUUCACCUCCACCCCAGUCACAAAUCUUGGAAGGAGAGAAAAACAAAAAUUGACCAGGCGGUUCGUGUCGUGUCGUGUCGUGGGCCUGCUGGCCGGCCCGCCAGGCGCAGGCCUAUUAGGCGCAUGCGCGCUUGCUUGCUUUCCAGGUAUUGGGCUGCCAAGCAAGCAAGGCCCGUGACUCCGUGGCUGGGAGGGGGAAAGAGGGCCUGACAGCUGCGGACCUUUGAUAUUCGUAGGCUACCAACUACUUACUACCUUACCUUACCUUACCUUACCUACCAACUGCUUGCAUGUUUUCCUUCUCUCUUCUCUCACCCCAUCAUCGCCCGAGUUGCUUCUCUACCCGAAAGUAGAGAGUAGAUUUUCCAGGGACAACGACAAUCAACAAAUAAGAAACGGCACCGUCUGCAGCCGUUGGGGGCUUUCAUCGAUCCUUGCCCAGGCUUGCGGCCUCUCGACGAGCGCCGCCCUCCCACCACCCCCGGCCUCUCUUCCCUCGCGACACAACAUCCACAAUAUCCACGGCCGUGAUGAGGAUCCCGUGCAGACCGGCCUAUGCGGCGGCGGCAUCGGCAGCGGUCGCCGCCCUUUUCCUCUUCGACACGGCCGCGGCGCAGACCUGGAGCCUGUGCAACCCGCUCAACACACAAUGUCCGCCCAACACGGCCCUCGGCAUGACGGUCAACGUCGACUUCCGCAAGGGCGGCGUCAACUCGUUCGCCGCGUCCGGCUCGCCCAAGUACGACUCGGACGGCGUGAGCUUCACCGUCUCGCGCGGCGGCGACGCCCCGCAGCUCAACUCGCUCUUCUACAUCAUGUUUGGGCGCGUCGACGUGGUCAUGAAGGCGGCCCCCGGCGCGGGCAUCGUCUCCUCCCUCGUCCUCGAGUCCGACGACCUCGACGAGAUCGACAUGGAGUGGCUCGGCUCCAACCCGGACGAGAUGCAGAGCAACUACUUCGGCAAGGGCCAGACCACGUCGGACAACCGCGGCAGGUUCCACGCCGUCCAGGGCACGCAGACGCGCUGGGUCAAGUACUCGGUCGUCUGGACAAAGGACAGCAUCGUCUGGCUCGUCGACGACAAGGCCCUGCGCGAGCUCAAGCAGUCGGACGCCGCCUCCGGCCAGUACCCGCAGACGCCCAUGCGCAUCAAGUUUGGCGCCUGGGCCGGCGGCGACCCGAGCUUCAACGCCCCCGGCACCGUCAAGUGGGCGCGCGGCCCGACCGACUACUCCAAGGGGCCCUUCUCCAUGCGCGUCCAGACCAUCAAGAUCGCCGACUACUCCACGGGCAAGCAGUACCGCUACAAGGACCAGACGGGCUCCUGGGAGAGCAUCGAGGCCGUCGGCGGCUCCAUCAACAGCAACGCCGACGGCAAGGCCGCCCCCAUCGUCACCGCCACGCCCACUGCCGGCGGUGGUGCCCCCGCCGCCACCACCUUCGCGACCGUCCCCGUCGGCGGCAUCGGCCGCGACGGCAGCUCCGCCACUAGGACCCAGACCGGCUGGCCCUGGGUCGCCGGCGCGAGCCCCACGGGCGGCACCAUCCCCAGCGGCUGGUAUAUGACGCCCGAGGGCAAGAUCAUGCGCAGCAACACGGGCUCCGCCCAGGCCGGCAGUCGCCCUCCUACCUUGCUGCUGGCCGUCGUGGGCUCCCUGGCCGCCGGCGUCUUCAGCCUCCUACACCGGCUAUGCUAGGCCGUGCUCUCACCGCGACGAAGGGCACGUGCCCUCGUCGAUAUUUGCGAUGCUUAUAUACAUAUACAUGGGCUCAGGCUCUUCCUCCACAUGGCCAGAAAGGAACCUGACAGCGGCACGGAGAGGCUGGCGUACCCCCUCAGCUGUCUUUCAUACACUUGGUUUGGGGAGGGAGGGGGGGCCAUCACGCGUACACAUACAACUUGCACUUACGGGACCGGGUAGAGAGCG